UUGCUACUUUAAAGACGUUUCUGGUUCUGUUCUAUAGUGUUCUUCUUAUUGCUUACCAACACCAUUCUUUCAUUCUCGCUUUAGCACACUUCUUUCAUGUUUUUUUUUUCUUCUCUCAGAUUUCCGACUUUACGUGCUUUUCACCUGGGUGGAGAAGCUAAAGCUUCAUUAAUUUUAAAUUGUUUUUUACAGUGAAUUUGGCACUCAAGAGAUGGCUGAGAAAGAUAGUUUGUUUUCAAUUGGUGAUUGGAUGAGAAUACCAGUAAGCACUUUCUUCAAGGAUGCCAGACUAGUGUUCAAAUCAGAUAGUCUUGGUAGGGAAAUAUUGUCAAUUGCAUUGCCUGCUGCAAUGGCUUUGACAGCUGACCCUAUUGCUUCACUGGUUGACACUGCAUUCAUCGGCCAAAUAGGUCCAGUGGAGCUUGCUGCUGUAGGAGUUUCUAUAGCUCUCUUCAAUCAAGCAUCAAGGAUUGCAAUAUUCCCGCUUGUCAGUAUCACAACCUCUUUUGUGGCCGAGGAAGAUACCCUCAGCGGAGCGAGCUCACAAGUAGAGGAGAAUGGAUUCUUGGAAGCUGGUACACCUCCAGAUGCUGAAACCAAAGAGUUCUUACCUCAGAAAGAAUUGGUUGCUGAAAGCUUUAACAUAGAAAAGGAUGAACAUAAGAGAAGGCAUAUUCCUUCAGCUUCGUCGGCGUUAUUUUUCGGAGGUAUCCUUGGCCUCAUCCAGGCAAUGUUACUCAUUUUUGCAGCAAAACCUUUAUUGAACUUCAUGGGAGUAACUUCUGAUUCUCCUAUGUUACAUCCUGCACAGCAGUACCUGAAAUUGAGGUCUCUUGGUGCUCCUGCAGUUCUUCUUUCAUUAGCAAUGCAGGGUGUUUUUCGAGGAUUUAAAGACACGACAACUCCUUUAUAUGCCACUGUGGCAGGAGAUGUGACCAACAUAGCACUAGAUCCUCUAUUCAUUUUUGUAUUCCGCAUGGGUGUCAACGGUGCAGCCAUUGCUCAUGUUAUAUCUCAGUAUCUAAUUUCAGCUAUACUUCUGUGGAGUUUGAUGAAACAAGUUGAUCUUAUACCUCCAACCAUCAAGCAUCUGCAAUUUGACCGAUUUCUCAAAAACGGUUUUUUACUAUUAAUGAGAGUCGUUGCUGUAACAUUCUGUGUGACACUGUCUGCAUCAUUAGCUGCACGCCACGGAUCAACAUCUAUGGCUGCAUUUCAAGUCUGUCUGCAGGUUUGGUUGGCAGUUUCUCUUCUUGCUGAUGGUCUGGCGGUUGCCGGGCAGGCGAUUCUUGCAGGUGCAUUUGCUAACAAGGACUAUGACAAGGCCACAGCGACUGCAUCCCGAGUGUUGCAGAUGGGUGUGGUUCUAGGAAUGGCACUUGCAUUCAUUCUUGGAACAGGAUUACACUUUGGAGCUAAACUAUUUACAAAAGAUGUUGAUGUCCUCAACCUCAUUAGAAUUGGGAUCCCGUUUGUUGCACUCACGCAACCCCUGAACUGUUUGGCAUUUGUAUUUGAUGGUGUCAACUUUGGGGCAUCUGAUUUUGCAUAUUCAGCCUUCUCCAUGGUUGUGGUGGCAAUUAUUAGCAUAAUUUGUCUGCUUAUUUUGUCAUCCGCUGGUGGUUUCGUUGGAAUUUGGGUUGCUUUGACCAUCUAUAUGAGUCUAAGAGCAUUUGCUGGCUUCUUGAGAAUUGGAACUGGAUCUGGACCAUGGGGAUUCCUUAGGAGCUAACUGAACUGCACUAGGCAUGCAAUGCAGCAUAACCAUGGCUUAUAUUUGGCCACAAAUUCAGUGUGGUUCACAAUUUUUAGCCUUUUCUUGGAUUGGAAAUCCAUUGAAAAGAAUAGGCAAGCAUUGGUACAUGCAUGAUUGUGCUUGCUUGUUGGGGCAUUGGAUCAAAAUAUGCCUCUGCUUCGGAAUAUGUAUAGAAUAAAAUUUACUAGUGUAUCUCAUACUCUUACGAAACAUGAAAUAUAGGAACAAACUUCUCUUUGUCACCAUGCAACGAAUGUAUUUACAAGAAUAACAUUAACAUGGUUACAUGAAGAUAAAAGAUAGCUUGGAACAAGUACUAA